AUGUCCAUAUUGGAUCCAGAGAACAUUCGCGGAACCCCCGAAGACGGCCCCUUUCGUGAUUUCAUCGGUGCUGAUGGAACCUGCAUAUGGGCUGCGGCAACAUCCAUACCCGCAUCACUCAGUGCAUUUCUUCUCGCUUGUAUACUUGCUCGGGCUUGGGACGCCAAAAAAGCUACCAGCAUCUGGGCUGAGCUCAUACAUGAGCGGGCUGCCCAUGUUGAGGCCCAACUAAACAUGAAAAAAUUGGUUAAUCCCCACACUGAGAUGGCCAUCCGCCAGAACAUCAGUCGUGCGGACCUUGCGAAGUGGGAUGCAAGCGCUCGAGCCUGGCUUCGAAGGGCAGAUCAAAGCAUGCUCAGCCAUCAUGUUCAAUUCAAGCUGGUCAUGCGAAAUGUCAAGACGCCUUUCCUUGAACCUGGGACGACGUUUGAGAAGGUCACCUCAGGCUGGAUACAAUCAAUGAAGGUUGUGGAAGACUCCGAAACAUACCACAGGAGGUUCCCGAUCGAACAGUUUUGGUCGCAAUCUGAGCAUGGCAUCUAUAUCCAGACCUGCUGGCCAAAAGUGAAGAAGUCAUUCGAAGAGUCAGCUUUAGGAUCUGUGGAUGGCAGCCCUUGGGGCUCUUCUAAGACAAUGGCGAAUACCAUCGUCGGGCCUUGGAGCUUCUAUGAUGCGGUUUCAGUCUCUUGGGAAACUAUUGAAAACAUCUCCAGCCUCGUCCAGCCAUAA